UCAUUCCCUUUUCUCCCUUGGACCGAGAGCUCGUGUGUUGAAACGCAGCGUGCCAUACGGCUGUGUCAGAGACAGCAAGUCAAGCAGAACGGACCUGAAACGUCGGUGCCACGAAAGGGAGGUGGUAUCCGAGGUCCGUGCUGUUUUUCUAAUCAACAACAGACAUAAAUUCGUGUGGUCUUAGUGACUAAACUUCGGUCAACUGCAUUUCGCUCGUCGAUUUUGUCUUUGCCUUGUCGAUUUUGGGCGCCAGAUUCGGAUGGUUAGAAGACGAAGCGAUCGGUUUGCAAAAUUCCAUCAAUUUGUUCCCGAAACUGAGGAAGAAAUCAGUUGAUUUUCGAUCAUCAUCGCUCGUUUGCAAAAGAAACGGAAAGGAAAAUCAAACGCGUGGGAUUCCACACGUCCGCGAGGUUUCUAAUCCGCGGGCCAUGUUAAGAGCGGCUUCACGCUCCUGCAAGGCCGGGACGUCGCGUCUGUCCGUCUGCACUGUUCUGCUGGCCAGCUUGACCGUCGCCCUGGUCGCUGUUGCAUCAUCGUCGGCACCACCGGCCGCCGCUAAUCGGUUCGGAUCGUCGUUACCGCAAGUCUUUACCAACUCGUUCCUUGUCAAGCUCCGCGGCGUUCAGGAUCGACAGCAGGCCGACUUGAUCGCCCGCCGUAAUGGAUUCGAAAACUGGGGAUCGGUUAUCGGCUCCGAUCACGAUUACCACUUUGUGCAUCAUGCUCUGCCGCACGCGCGGACCAAACGCAGCGUGUUGCACACCCGCCAGCUCAAAGCCGACCCACUGAUUCACACCGCCAUACAGCAAGUCGGUUUUCGUCGGUUCAAGCGGGGCUACAAGAAACCUCUAGCGACGCCCAUCGAUCCCGCCGCAGCCAUUGCAGCCGCAGCCAAGGAGCACAAAGAUCCAACCGAUCCCUAUUUCGCAUUUCAAUGGUAUCUGAAAAAUACCGGACAGAAUGGAGGAAAACCCCGUCUAGAUUUGAACGUGGAAGCUGCUUGGGCUCAAGGAGUUACCGGCAAAAAUGUCACAACUGCUAUUAUGGAUGACGGUGUGGAUUACAUGCACCCCGACCUGCGAAACAAUUACAACGCAAAGGCCAGCUACGAUUUCAGCAGCAAUGAUCCGUUUCCAUACCCGCGAUACACCGACGAUUGGUUCAACAGCCAUGGUACCCGCUGCGCCGGCGAAGUGUCAGCUGCCCGUGACAACCAGGUGUGUGGUGUUGGCGUUGCCUACGACUCCAAAGUGGCAGGAAUUCGAAUGUUGGAUCAGCCCUACAUGACGGAUUUGAUCGAGGCAAAUUCAAUGGGUCACGAACCGCAUUUAAUCGACAUUUAUAGCGCUUCAUGGGGCCCGACAGACGACGGAAAAACAGUGGACGGACCACGAAAUGCAACGAUGCGUGCCAUAGUGAGGGGAGUCAACGAAGGCCGACGUGGAUUAGGCAACAUCUACGUGUGGGCUAGCGGUGACGGUGGCUCCGACGACGAUUGCAAUUGUGAUGGAUACGCCGCUUCCAUGUGGACCAUAUCCAUCAAUUCGGCAAUCAACGACGGGCAGAACGCUCACUACGACGAGAGCUGUUCAUCCACCUUGGCUUCGACUUUCAGCAACGGAGCCAAAGACCCCAACACCGGCGUCGCCACCACAGACUUGUACGGCAAAUGCACCAAAACACAUUCAGGAACAUCGGCUGCUGCACCAGAAGCUGCUGGAGUUUUUGCUCUAGCUCUGGAAGCCAAUCCGUCGCUGACGUGGAGGGACAUUCAGCAUUUGACCGUGCUAACAUCGAAACGUAAUUCGCUCUUCGAUGCUAAACGUCGAUUUGAAUGGACGAUGAAUGGAGUUGGUCUGGAAUUCAACCACCUUUUCGGUUUCGGAGUACUAGAUGCCGGCUCUAUGGUUUCUUUGGCUAAAGCAUGGCGAUCCGUUCCCGCUCGUUUUCAUUGUCAAGGAGGCGCCAUGAUGCAACCAAGGCCAAUUCCAUCUAAUGGCUCACUGGUAUUGACGUUGGAUACUACCUCAUGUCAAGGAUCUGAAACCGAAGUCAAUUAUCUCGAGCACGUUCAGGCCGUCAUCAGCUUAAAUACCACACGUCGAGGCGAAGUAGAAAUGUUUUUGACUUCCCCCAUGGGCACGAGAUCUAUGAUUUUGAGUCGCCGGCCAAAUGACGACGACAGUCGCGACGGAUUUACCAAAUGGCCAUUCAUGACCACGCACACUUGGGGGGAAGACCCUCGCGGACGCUGGACGUUGGAGGCUCGUUUCAAUUCACCUAAUGGUGCCAAGCAGAGCGGCUGGCUACGUGAAUGGACUCUGAUGCUGCACGGGACGCGGGACGCGCCUUACGUCGGCCUCCCUGCCGGUGAUAAGCAUUCCAAACUGGCUAUUGUGAAGAAAGCCCACGAGGAACGCAAGAAGGCUCGCAAGUAGCGGGAAAAAAAUGAAGGCAGCAGGCACCACCAAAACUUGAAAAAAUAAAAUAAAAAUAUAUAAAAAACAAAAAACCAAAAAAAAACCAAAAAAAAAAAAAACCCCAAAAAAGACGAAAGAAAACGCAACAACCAGGGACGAUCUUGCUCCUUCUUCACUAUUUCUCUGGAUUUCCUUUCCACCAUAUCGACGUUGAGCUUUCCGUUCGAAUUUAUAAGUUAAUGGCAUUGUUAUACAUCUCUCUAAUUCUUCUUGGUAAAUGUCCUGUCGUACACUUCACCAUGAAAUGCUACUGUAUUACAUGUUAUGCUAUCGAAUUAAGUUAUAUCUACCUUCUUCAUCCUUUCCCCACUCGAUUCCUUUUUGACGCGUGAUCAUCACCGGGACUGGCGAAUCCUCGGAAGGCUGCUGCUGCUUUUAAAUCCUCCAAAACACACGAAAACAGAAAAUUGUUUUUCUAUCAUCCUUCGACUCUGAAGUGAAACUAUUCUAUAUGAAAAUUUGUUAAAAUCAUGACAAGGGAAAUAUUUGUCGGUGAGCACACCGUUCUUGUAUUAUUAUAUCUAAAUUCUUUCUUUCCUUACUGUUUCUGUUUGCCGGACUGUUACCGAUAUACCUUCAUCCGGCGUUUUCUUAUGAAGCUUUGUAACUUACAUGUUAAUUAUAGGGUCGAUGGAGCUGAAUUUUCUUUUCUUUUUUCGUUUCUUUCUCUUCUUCCCGUUGAGUUCUGUGUUAUUCAGAGUUUUCAAAAGAUCAAACCGCAUAUUCAA